GCAUCGUCUGCGAUCGCCCUCGCUGAACCUUCCAAUCGAUUCUAGAGGAUGUCUGAGCCGACUUCACCGCAAAACGCUACUACCGGCGCGGCACUACCAGGCGUAGGAUCGGGAGUACCUGUACUACCGCCACUCGACUCGAGCCUGUACAGGCUCGAUGAAGAGGAAGUCGCCUUCUUCAAGCAGAAGACUGGGAUUAACAGCAGCGAAGACUUGAAGCAGCACAUCCUGAAAGUCCAGGCGGAAGCAUACGAGGUGCACCCUUACCCAUGCAUUCGUCUUUUCGGGUUCGCCCAGCUCAAGAUAUCGCGCCUCCCUGUGUAUAAUGACCUCCUUAUCUUGGGCAAGGAACGUCGUGAUGCUAUUCUCCUUGACAUCGGCUGUUGCUUUGGUAACGACGUCAGGAAGGCGGUCACCGACGGCUAUCCAUUGGAGAAUGUGAUCGCUUCAGAUAUCGAGCCAGCUUUCUGGCAGCUCGGCCAUCGUCUGUUCAAGUCCUCUACAGACUCAUUCCCAGUACCGUUCAUUGGAGGAGACGCCUUCGACCCCGCCUUUCUCCAGACUGCCCCGCCGGUCUACGCAGCUCAGAGCACACCCGCGCCCACGUUAUCUAAGGUCACCACGCUCACAAUGCUCCAGGGCCACGUCUCCGCCAUCCACGCUUCUUCGCUCUUCCACCUCUUCGACGAAGAGAAGCAGCUUGUGCUCGCGCGUGCCUUCGCAAGCCUCCUUUCCCCCAUCCGGGUCUCCACGUUCUGCCACUCACCGGAGAGUUGGAAGGAGAUGUGGGAGUCUGUCUUCGGGCCGGAUCAAGUGAAGGUCGAGACUGAGCUACAGGAAGUCGACUCCGAGGCAAACAUAGCCCCGGCGGCGACCAACCGCCGGUACCAUAUGCUCGUAUGGUCGGUGAAGAGGCUGUGA